CCUUUCAUUCCCGCGCCGUCAGCCGUCCGGCGAGCACGCGUCUAGUCUCCUACCGCGUCUAUUACCCCAGCCCCGACGUAAACUUUCACGUUCAAGUUUUCAACUGAAGAAAAGUGCACUGUGACCUGAAUGAGAUUGGAUGCAAUUUGUGCGACUUAUGCAGUGCUGUGAUAGAAUAAUUCCGUGCACUGAAAACGGAUUAAGACUCUGUAAUGACAGUUUUGAUUUGGCAAUAAUGCUGAAUCAUGUAAUAUGAGCGGCUCUAGGGGCUUGGCCAGCAAUAUGGUGACUUGGCACGUGCGGGCAGUCAUGCUGAGCGUCAUCUUGCUGUCCAAAGAGUACACGGUGACUAGUUUGGAGUUAUUAGAGCUGAGGGUCCCGGCUCAUGUGCCUUUGGGAACACGGCCUUCGCUAUCUUGUCGAUGGCAGCUUGGACCUAGCGACGUUCUCUACUCGGUGAAGUGGUAUAAAGAUGGAAAGGAAUUCUUCAGGCAUGUUCCCCGCGACGUAGAACCAAGAAGAAAAUUCUUACUUCCUGGAGUCGAUGUAGAGAAUUCGAGUCCGAAUGGCUCAAAUGUAACUCUAUCUCCUGCGAUAUUGGAAACUGGUGGGCGGUAUCGUUGCGAAGUGUCCGGCGAACGUCCACUAUUUCCUACCGUAUCUGACCAUGCCGAUAUGAUUAUAGUUGCUUUACCCGCAACUGGACCAAUAAUUACUGGCUCCAAGCUAAGAUAUCAAAUAGGUGAUAGAGUCCAGGUCAAUUGCACUUCUGGAAGAUCUCGACCAGCUACCAGACUCUCUUGGUACAUUAACGGCGAACCAGCCCCUAUCUCCUCGGUAUUAACUCCGGAAAAUUACAAACACGAUGAUGGUCUAGAAACAACAAGCCUUGCUCUGGAUUUCAAAGUAAAGCCUAAACAUUUUAGAAAAGGAGAUCUCAAGUUAAAGUGUCUUGCUACUAUUGCUACCGUGUACUGGCGAAGUAAUGAGGAAAGUGUUCAAGGAGAAAGAUUUAAAGGCUAUGCAAGAUCCAAAGAAUUGAUCGAAGGUGCCUCCAGAGCUGAUCGUGUACAGGCUGCAGGAAAAUCAGGACCUUGUCAUUCUGUCAUUAACCUGCCAUCUUUGCUGUUGCUUUUGAUUAUAGUAUUACACACACCCUACCAAUAAUUAUUUAUUAAAUAUUCAAGAUAAAACAUUAUUAUUACAUUAGAUAUUAAAAAUACUUGAUGUCCUGUUUGCUUUCUACUAGAAAAAAUGUCAGAGACACUUACUUAAAACAGUUACAAGUCACUUGAAAGCAAUUUGUAUUAUUUUAUGUUUGUGUAGAUAUCGCAAGUCCGAAGAUUAUAUAAUUAAUAAUUUAUGAAAAAAUAUAAUUAAAAAUUAUUUAAACACGAAAUGUGAUAGAUAGAUUUAAAUGUAGGUAUUGAAAUUACUGCCAUUUUUCAUAGCGAACAUUCAUUCUGAAUUUUUGUUUUGUAUUGUCCUGUUACAAACCCUUCAUAUUACCAUGUUAUUAUGAUCCAAAGAAUGUUUUACAGCCAAAGCAGAAAAUUAAUAUAUGUUACAACGUAUCGACAGUUAUUAAUUUAUAUCGCUUAACGGAUUAUAUGAAAAUUGUAUGGGAAUUAAGUGUUCGUGAAUAUCAAUAUUCGUAUAACAAAAUAUUAUAGUGCUAUAUUAAUGUAUGAACACAGAUAAAAGACGUUCAUUCAGUACUUUUCCGUAUAAAUUUGUUUAUAAAUCUCAAUAAUAAUAUUAUUUUUCUUUUCUGUUGUGAAUGUUUUUCAUUUAAGCAAUUAAAAAGAUAGUCGAUUUAGUACUGUGUCACAUUGAAAAUGAAAUGCAUAAAAAGUCCAGUGCAUAUCAUAUACUCAUUGUAAAUCGGUAGACGUUGUUUUGCUUUUUAAGCACGUAUUAUUUCAGCAACAAAAUUAAUGGAUGGAACUAAUUUCUUUUGUGCUUACGCUGUUUAAAGUAAAAUCUAGCCCAUGACAAAAAUUGUAGAUAUGCAGAGUUUUUUUAUAUACUGCAUGUGCUUACAAUAUUUAUAAAGAAAGAAAUUUAAGUUUCGUAUAUUCUGAUUAUAUACAAUUAUUUUUGAUUUAAAUUCUUUUCUCGCUCGUGAUAAACAAGAUAAAAGUAUCAAAGUUUUGUUUUUAAAAUAUUUUUGAAAUACAUUUUUUUAAACAUUUUAUUUAAACAGGAAAAAUACUGGAUUAUUCUAAAAAUAAAUCGCAAACAUUUCUCACAGUAAUGCAUAUGUAUUAGUUUUAUAAGAGAGUUACGACUUUAGGGAUAACAAACUGUUGGCCCUUAAGCCGUAAUUCCUGUUUACUUAUUCCAUAACUUUAACUUAUAUGUAGUCUUUGGUAUUUUAAUGAGAACAAAAAAAAACAUUAUGUCAAUUCGUAUCAAAAACUAUUACAUAUAUUCAAUAUCAAAAAUUAUAUCCCGGGUGACGGUUAGAAGAAAUUAAUAUUUGAAUUAUCUAUGUACUCUGUAUCAAUUUUAACGUAACUCUAUACAGGGAGGGGUGUAACAGCAUUCGGUAUAUCGUAACCAAACAUGCAUCCUAGAAUAUGACAUACGAUUUAAUGUAUAGAUAUCUAAUAAAACCCAGUCAAUUCACGGUACAACCGAUGUAAUUUUAAUCUGUAGUAUUUGCUUCUAUUCGGUAAAAUGCUUCUAUAAUAAUUUAGUAUUUUUCUUUAAUCCACGUUCGGAACAUUGAUAUCAUUCCUAAGAAUUUUAGACAUUACGUUACAGGUGUUUUGUAAUAUAUCAAUAUAUGUUACUAUAAAAUAUUUGCAGAGUAUAAAUGUAUUUAUUGUAAAUAAAUAUAUAUUUGAGCUAUGUUAAAAUUUUAUAAUCUUAUAAAAUUGCUUGCGUAACAUAGGAACACACAGCUUCUACUAUGUUGGAACCAAAUAAUAUUCUAUAUGCACUUACGUGAACACAAAUUUUUAUGAAAAUUAUAUGACAUAAAUAUACUUCAGAAUGUAUAAGACACGAAAUUAUUAUUAAUUUAUUAUAUUUAGAAAAUAUAUGGCCAAGAAAAUUCUAUACAUGUGUUGUAUAUAUAUAACAAAAAGAAAAUUGUACUCUAGAAAAUAGCUAGAAAUUCGAGGUGUACAAGAUUCAAGUGUUUAUAAGUUAAUGAAGUUAUUGUUGCUUAUUGUUAUAAAAUGUAAUAGUAAUUAUAAAUAUGUAAAUAAUGGGUAAAGUAGCUCAAAUAUUAAAUCAUUAAUAUACUAUGUGAUGUAUAAA